AUGAUGUUCGGCAGCUGGAUCACAGUUUGCUUCUGCCUGGGGAUCUACCAGCAGGUUUCAGCAGGUGGGAACUCAUCGCUGAAGUAUCGCAAGGCCGAAGUUAACAGGAGCAACGGCUCUGAACCAGUGCAAGGGGCUGACAGCAGCAACUCAAGUGCAUCCGCUCAUUCUCGUGGCGGAGGCAGUGGGCUAACUGAGUUCAGCCUCAAGAGUCGCUACCAGAAGUUGACCAACCCCGGUGAUGCCUACGACAAUUGGUUUUGCGAAACGAAUGUGAACUACUUGGGCGAAGAUUCCUGUGCAGGAACAUGUCCUAAGAGAAACAUCUGGAGCGUUGAGGCUUGCCAGCGCCUGUGUGUCCCAUGGUAUGGAUGCACCGUUGCCGUCCACAACAACCGCGGCGAGUGCUGGUUAAAGACCAACUUCCGCCGCCGCGUUGCAAGUAAUCCCAGCUGGGCCACGACGAGCUGCACGCCUCCAAUGUGGCAUGUAGAGCUGGAGGUUAACUUGAAGCUUUCCCAAUGGCAGAUGCACGACUGGUCCCGUGUCCAUACACACCACUACAACCAGAACGACCGCUUGGGUCCAGCCAGUCCCGAGUUCGCGAACACCUACUCCUUCAUGCAAUGGCGCGAGAACAAAUUCUUCGUGCGCCAGGCCGACGGCGAGGGAGCAGGAAAGUGGCUCCACCUCCACGGGGACGGUUUCCUAGGACCUGCCAGUCCAUGGUGGGCAGCUGCCAUCGCACUCCAUCCAACGACUUCCGCUAUUGACCAACAGUUGUGGGACCAGGAUCAUUUCUUGAAUAUCCUCCGCUACUAUCCUUCAGGAGAAGCGGGGAUCAAGCUUGAUGUCCUACGGGAGCGAUCCAAGCAGCAUGGCUAUGGCUAUCUGGGAGCGCUCGCCUCGUCGCUUCGAGCUCCGAAGCAGGUCAUUCUCCACACCGAGCUUUUCGCAAAAGGUUUCACGAGGCCAGAAGCCGGUUCCGCAUGGGCGAUAGGAGAACCCGUGGCACUGCCACGUGCCACAGGGGCGCCGCGUAUCCCGGGCCCGCGAGUGGCACGCACGCUCGCCCCGGAGGCCCCAGCAGCCCGUCCAACCCCAACCCCAGUCGCCCGCAACUUGGAGGACCGGCUGAGGCACCGCGAGCGCUGCUUCGGCACCCUCCGAGCAUCAUGGCGAGUGAAGAACUUCUUUAGUGCAUGGCGGUCGCUCGUUCAGAUGCAGAACGAAGCCCUUCGAGCGCAGCAGGACCACGAAGCCCAGCUACGUGCAAUCCUCGAGUUGCGAGAACUUCUUGCCCAGAAGGAGUUGGAAGUGCGACAGUUGUCUUUGCUGCUGGCAACCAGCCGAAGAAAACGGUCGACCCUGGAGCACGGCAUUCACAUUCUCCAGACCGGCGCUUCGGAUCUCGUGAUUUGCCUGCGGGUGUUGGGUGCUUGGCGGCGCCUCAGCCUGGAAGGCCGCCUCACCGGCGCGCUGCGGCGUGUAGAGGCAGAUGCCGAGCAACGAGAGGCGAAUUUGGAGCGCGAGCUGAUGCUGCAACUCGAGGAGGCGACGGCCACGAUUCGUCGCCUUGAGGGGGAGCUCCGGUCCUCGGAGCGACGACAUCGCGUCCUCUCCGAGGAGAUCGCCUCCUUGCAAAGCUUGCUGGACGACGCCGAGCUGCAGCAGCGCAAGGCGCGGCAGCAGCGCGCAGCCCACUCGGAGCGGUUGGCCGCGGGUCGGAACGAGCUGCAAGCGAAGGCCGUGGCAUUCACGCUGUGGCUCCGAGCGUUAGCGAUGCUGCGGUGCGAAAGGCAUGAACUCCAGGUGAUGGAGCAUGAGCUUGCCCUGAAGGAUGCGGCCGAACGGCAUCGCCUUGAGGUUCAGGAGUGGGAGCGCAGGCUCCAGGAGCGGCUUGCGGAGAUUGAGGCCUUGGGCCAGCAGCGCGAUCAAGAGCUCCGCGGAUCCCAGGAUGUCUUUGACCUGGAGCUUGCCCGGGUCCACCAAGCUCAUGCGGAUGACAAAAAGAUGCGCGAGGAAGAACAUCGGUUGCAAGCCGAAAAACAUCAUUUGGCCCUGGAGGAGCUCCAGCGACAGCAAUUUGAGGCAAAGCAGAAGCUCCUGAUGUCUUCGUUGGCAGCAUUGAACGGGCAGCGUUCAGAGGGGCUGCGGAGGGACUACUUCACGGCUUGGGCACAGUACCUCGUGCACGUCAGGAGGAUUCGCAGCGAAGAGUGGAAGGAGCAGGAGCUGCAGCGACUCCAAGCGCAGCAUGAUGCCCUGCACGGGAAGCUCCAGGAGCGGGAAGCUGCCUUCGCCAGGCACAGGACGAACCGGGGCGACCAGGUCGCCACGACAAAGCAGAAGCUCUGGAUCAGUCAGGUCCUGGGCGCAUGGCUGCUCGUGGCAGUGGCCAUGCGCCUGGCACGUGCCAGGGAGCUGGAGGCCAGCGAGGCCGACCGGCUCCGGGCAGAGCUACAGCGUCUGAGUCUCGAGAGCGGCAGGGCACUGAGGAGUCAAGCCGGCGAAACGCUUGAGCUGCGGCGGCGACAGGCGCUGCUGCUUCAGAUCUUGCGUUCCUGGCUCCGAAGUGUUUGGCAGCAGCACCUCGAA